AUGGCAUCCUCAGAGGAGGACACCAGGCAGAAGGACAGAAGGAAGGAGAAAGAAAGAGUCAAGGAGCGAGACCGAAAGGAUCGCGAUCGAAAUGACAAGGUGAAAAGCACCAAAACCAGGAGUGGAACCACAAAAAGUGGUAGGAAGGCAGAUGAUGAUAGCGAAGAUGACAUCGAGAAGGAGAAGGAGAAGGAUAAGAUGGCCUUCCUGGCAGCCAUCAAAGGCCUGCGUGAAAAGGACAAGGCAAAAGAGAAGGCCCGGCGAAAAAAGAGCAAACAGCCUAGUUCCAGUCGCAGUCCCAGUGUUCGCAAGGAUCGCAAAAAGGACCCCAAGCGAAAGCGAGAGCAAAGCAGGUCCAGGGAUGAUUCAUCUGGUUCUCCGGAACCUGCGCCAAAGAAGGAGCUGAUUACUGCCUCCGGCUUUGGUGCACCCCUGGCGCUGCCGGUGACUAGCAUCGUGCCAGCAGCUGUGGGGGCCAGUGAUGUCAUUGGCGUUUUCUGCCGUUCUGCAGGAGCAGAUCAAAAUUCAGAGCAAGCGUUGAGAGCCUUGCCAGUACACCUACAACAACUGGUCAUGGCAGAAGGUUCCAUCGCGGGCUUGAACCCUUCCGCUGUUCUCUUGGGACGAAUACGGAAGGUUGAGAACAAUGCUGGAGCUGCCAACGCCGCAGCUGCCGCUGGAUUGCAUCGCCCACGGCCCGAGACUGUGGCUGCUGCGGCGGCCGGUGAUCCCGUGGCCAAGUUCUGCAUGCAGCAUGCCGUGGACUAUUCAGCGGAGAAUGCUCUCAGGGCUCUGCCGGUUGAGCUUCAGUGCAAGAUUCUGAACGAAGGGCCGCGUGGUCCCAAGUACUGUGGGCUCCGCGCUUCCAACCCCUCGGCCGUCCUCAUGAGUCGCAUUCGCAAGGCGCAGACCCUGUUGGCUGAGAUGAGACGUUUGGGGAAAGAAGGCAGCAGUGCAAAGCGAAGCGAGGCGUCGGAGGUGGCCGCGAGCGCCGGUGACGGCAGCUGUGAGCCAGCGUGCGCUGCAGAUCGAGGCAUUUGUGGGAAUGGCGUGUGCUUCUGCAAAGCACCCUAUUCCGGCGAGACCUGUGAGGUGGAAUUCAAGGAAGAGUACAUGCGCUUGGGUUACUUCACUGUCGUGGUGAUUCUCUCGUUGUCUGUGAUUGUGGGCUUUUUUGCUGCGGACAUCUUGUGGCGCAUCACGCGUCCGGUGGGGGGCCCAGAGCAAUGCCUUUGUUUGGGCGGAGAUUCCCGAAGCAUGGUGGAGCUUUGCCCUUUUUGUCAGGAGAGAGACCUGGCUUCCACAGGGAUGGGUCCUUCUUUCGAUGGCAAUCUGGCAAUCUGCAGCCAGGUCGAGAUGAACGGCGAUGGCAAGGUUGCGAAGAAGCCUCGCAUUGAAGAGUGCCUACCAAGAAUGAAUGUGGAGAAGUACAGAAGUUUUCAGACUUGGUACCAGAUUCCUUUUGAUGACAAAUGGCCAAAGCGAUCCUGGCCAGAAAAGCGGAUCAGCAAGGCCCCCCGGUGGUGCACCGUCGACCUACGCGAUGGGAACCAGGCUCUCAUCAACCCCAUGAACCACGAAAAGAAGUUGCGUCUAUUUCUACACUUGUUGAAACUGGGCUACAAGGAGAUCGAGGUUGGCUUUCCAGCAGCCAGCCAGACAGAUUUUGAUUUCAUCCGUUAUGUGAUUGACGAGGGCCUUAUUCCAGAUGAUGUUUGGAUCCAGGUCCUUACCCAAUGUAGAGAACCACUGAUCCUCCGCACCAUCGAAGGUGUCAAGGGAGCAAAGAAUGUGGUGAUACAUGUCUACAACUCCACCUCUGAGUUGCAGCGAAGAGUUGUCUUCAAGAAAGACCGGGAGGACAUCAAAAACUUGGCCCUGGAGAGCGUGAGGUUAGUCAAGAAACUUGUAGAUGAGCGCAUGAAGGGUACCAACGUUCGCUUGGAAUACUCACCUGAGAGUUUCACCGGAACGGAGUUGGACUUUGCCCUGGAUGUCUGCAAUGGUGUGGUUGAGGUGUGGGAACCCACUCCAGAGCAGCAGGUGAUUCUGAACUUGCCUGGUACUGUUGAGAUGGCCACUCCCAACGUAUAUGCGGACCAGAUUGAGUGGAUGUGCGCACACAUUGCAAAGCGUGACUCUGUGUGCAUCAGCGUUCACCCUCACAACGAUCGUGGCACUGGCAUCGCUGCGGCAGAGCUCGCCAUGAUGGCAGGCGCUGACAGAGUAGAGGGCUGCCUUUUUGGCAACGGCGAGCGAACUGGCAAUGUGUGCCUAGUGACAUUGGCCUUGAAUCUCUUCACCCAGGGCAUUGACCCAGAGGUGAGCUAUGUCGAGUUGGAGGAGACCAUCAAAGUUGCGGAGCACUGCACUGAGUUGAAAGUGCCCGAGCGCUAUCCUUGGGCUGGCAGCCUGGUCUACACCGCUUUCUCCGGUUCUCACCAGGAUGCCAUCAAGAAGGGAUUAGAGGCAAUCAAGACUGCCCAAGUUUGGGAGGUUCCGUACCUGCCCAUUGAUCCACAGGACAUCGGGCGGCACUACGAGGCGAUUAUUCGAGUCAACAGCCAAAGUGGCAAGGGUGGCAUCGCCUACAUUCUGGAGCAGGAGUAUGGCAUCGCCCUACCCAAGGAAUGCCAGGCGGAAUUCGCCCAGGUGGUGCAGAAGAUUUCUGACAAGACCAGCAAGGAGAUCUCAGCUCAGCAGAUCUACGAUGCCUUCACGCAGACCUACCUCGAUCCUCAGGAGCCCAUGGCUCUCUUGGACUAUGAGCUGUCGAACUCGUCAACGGCUGAAGAGGUGGUGUUGAAGGCUCGAGUUCGAGCAGCUGGCAAGGAGCACCAGGUCAAUGGACAGGGCAAUGGACCCGUCUCGGCCUUCGUUGCGGGUCUCAACAACACCGUCUUUUUGCCCCAGGGCAUGGCAGUGCACCUUUCAGACUAUCAUUCUGAAGCGCGCAGUCAUUGCCGCAACGCGGAAGGCUCCGAAGCGGUGGCCAGUGUCCGUUGUCAAGCGGUGGCCAAGAAGGAUCAGAUGAAAACCGGAAAGCCCAGAUUUGGCGUUGGUCUACACAGGAAUACCAACACGGCUGUGCUGAAAGCUGUGAUCAGCGCGAUCAAUUGCUUGUGCGCGGCUGGAGAUGCAAAACUCUUUGCAUAG